AUGGUUUCAAAAACCAAGCGAGCUGCUACUGCAGCAGCAAGAAGGGCGGCUGCACGCAUGCGUUCGGCCGCGGAAAGUGCCUCUCACGCUUCAGCAGCAGGUACGUCCGUUGCAUCUGCAGCGAGUACUGCGAGUCGUAAUCAAGACGAGUCUGAGAUGGAGAUCAUCUAUUCUGGCGAGUCGGAUGAUGUAUCGGACUCGAAGGCGACUCCUCACGCCUCCAGGUCACCCGGGGUGGACACUGCAAAAGCCAGGUUGAUUGGCUCUGGUCAGCGUGGCAGUAUCAUGGACUAG